AUGGACAUCAAUGACACUCUGAUGGAUGAAACGGCAGAUAACAUGGAUGUCGACGACAUUCUGACGGAUCAAAAAAUGGCUGACAACAUGCACAUUGAUGACACCGAUCAAGUCACUCAGGAUGCUACGGUGUUCCUUUACUCAACCAAGGCUAUUGUGAUCUUCAAUGCAGAAGCCUUCGAAUCAUAUCAUUUCGCAGCUCUCUUGAUGUAA